CUAACCCUAACAAGUCAUGGAUUCUUCAUGGUAACAAGAAAUUUGACAACACUAAGCCUAUUGUUUCUCUUCUUCUUUUUUAAGAUUGGCACUUUGCAUUCACCGUACCUAAUCUUUUAUUCUUGGAAAAUAGUUUGUUUUUGGCUGUAGUCUAGUAAUGAUAGCUAUGCUCCACAAGAUGGCAGUAAAUGUUUAAACUUGUUGCUUAACAACCAGUCCAAACAACACUGCUGAAACUGAUUUUCAUCAAAAGGUAAGUGACUUAUAAAUAAUUUAAAUAAAUCUGGCUCAUAACUACACUCUCAUUAGGACUCCAAACAGCUUCCCUGUGUCUCCAUAGAGGAACCUUAUCUAGUUCAGUGGUUCUUUUUUGGGCAAAAUGGUUAAAUAUUGGAGUUUUCACACUUUUCAAACCUGCCAUAGAGUUCUAGAAAGAAAAAUGCUUCCCAUAUGGAGACGAGUCUUUUUUUUCCUGAGUGUAUAGGUUUACAAUCAAAGUUGAGGUUGAUGUAAACUUGGCUCCUAUGCAAGAGUUCUGUUUUGUAGUAAAUAUUGUGGUAUAUUAUUAAAUAUUUAACCAGGAAAACCUCAUUGAGAUUAAAAAUCUCUUUUUCAUGACUGUCCCAGGCAAGACAGGCAGCAGCCCAUGGUUGCGGACUGACAAUAAAGAUUACAGAAGACGAGGCUAAAAAAAUAAACUGGAAAAAGACAAUUGCAACCAUGUCAAACCCGGUCGUGGAGGGAGCAGGUGAACUGCUGGGUGAGAACCUGUCUGCCCUUCCACAAGCGAUGCCGAAUGGUGGCCUUGACAAAAGAGCUAGACCAGGAGAGAACUUGCGGUGUGACAGGGCUGUCAGGAGAAUAUGCUUUGAGGAAUACUUGGAAGCAUGGAUGAAGCUGGCUACAACAGGGACAAGAAUUCACAUGAGGAAUCUGACUUUGGAGGAGCUAAUCAAGUAUGAGGAGGCAUUUGCCAUGCAUAGUGGGACACAAAACAUGUCUUUAGAGAGGACUCUGCACCAAUCCAGCACUGAAGGCAGCUUGCACAAGCAGCCAGACAAACUGAAGAAAACCUGCACCAAAAAAGACCGUAAACUUGAGAGACUUAACCGAAUGAAAAGAAUUUACCUGCUGUAUAGAGCUCCAGACCAACAAGCAUCAGCGUGGAGGGAACUCCCAGCCAGUAGGGAUUGCCCUGCUGGCCCUGACACACAGGAGCACUGGGAGACUGAAGUCGACACCCUUGUAGCCUGGACACACACCCUGUCAGUCAAGGAAAUGGAGGAGGAAUUACCUCAAGAAGCAGUUGCUUAAAUGAAUUGUGCGUUUUCUGGGGAGUUUUGAUAUUCUUUGAAUUUUCGCAAGUCUUGAAAUGGCUCAGACAUUUUAAGUGCAGAAUAUGUUUUGAUAUUUAAUUAUCAAAAUUAAAUAGUGCCCCCUUCCUGAUUUCCUCUAGUAUCACACUGAAUGGUUUCAGAUCC